CAUGCGUAUUAAGAGGCGGGCGUGGGGCCGAUGGCAUAAAAGCCGGGUUUCCGGAACGCCGCAACCAGUCUCGAGGCUGAGGCGUGGAGAUGGCGUUCCGCAGCAAGAGACCGGAGCACGGCGGGCCUCCGGAGCUGUUUUACGACAAGAAUGAAGCCCGGAAAUACGUGCGCAACUCACGGAUGAUUGAUGUCCAGACCAAGAUGGCUGGGCGAGCUUUGGAGCUCCUUUAUCUGCCUGAGGGUCAGCCUUGUUACCUGUUGGAUAUUGGCUGUGGUUCUGGGCUAAGUGGAGAUUAUCUCUCGGAUGAAGGGCACUAUUGGGUGGGCCUUGACAUCAGCCCUGCCAUGCUGGAUGCGGCCUUGGACCGAGACACUGAGGGAGACCUACUUCUGGGGGACAUGGGCCAGGGCAUCCCUUUCAAACCAGGCUCCUUUGAUGGUUGUAUCAGCAUUUCUGCUAUACAGUGGCUCUGUAAUGCAAACAAGAAGUCUGACAUCCCUGCCAAGCGCCUGUACUGCUUCUUUUCUUCUCUGUACUCUGUGCUGGUCCGUGGAGCCCGGGCCGUCUUGCAGCUGUACCCUGAGAACUCGGAGCAGUUGGAGCUCAUCACGACCCAGGCCACCAAGGCUGGCUUCACUGGUGGCGUGGUGGUGGACUUCCCCAACAGCGCCAAGGCCAAGAAGUUCUACCUCUGCUUGUUUUCUGGGCCAUCAACCUUUAUGCCAAAGGCUCUGAACGAAAAUAAUGAAGAGGAGGCCAGGGAGUCCGAGUUCACGAGUGAGAGCGAGGGGCGCCUUCUCCCACCUCACAGAGGAUCUACACGUGGUUCAGCCCCCUCCACCCAGCGCCCAGUCCCUCUUGUCCUCACUCUGGUGUCUACAGACGACACGCGCUAACUGUAAACUUAGGUAAGCAGCCAUUUCUCAUCUGCUUCAGGAGGGGAUACAGCCCGCACUCGGGCAUCAUACUGAGGAGUAGAGCGCGUGUGUGCGCAGGCUCGGUGCGGUAUUGGGCACGGGCCUGUCUCCCCUUUCUGCAGGUCCUCGGCCUGGCGGGGGCGGGGGGCAGGGGGCAGGAGGCGCGGCUGUCCACUGGAAGGAUAAUUGGGGCUUCUCCCGUUCUCGCCAUUUCUAAUCAUUCUCUCUCCUCUGUCUCUCUGUCUCUGAAGACUCAGUCCACCUGUGGCAAUUGCCACUUCUGACCAACUUCCCUCUCGGCACCUUUGGUCUGGGGCAUGCACCGCCUCCACCUGCUCUCUGCAUCUCCCCUGACGCGCCUCCCCCUUCUGUGGCUCACAGCUGGCCCCCCAGCUUGUUCUUCCGCACAGACUCCUGCUGAUUGGUGCUGCACUCCCAGCCCCCCGUUGGCAGCUCCCUCCUGUCUUGAACUUGGUGCCUCAGACUUCUGCCCCCUGGUUGUGCUAACGCUCCCAUUUCUUUCAUGCACCCCUGCCUGUACCUGCCGAAGGGUCUAGAUCACAUUGUGUCACUCCUUUGCCAGGAAAUGUCUCCGAGUACCCCCUGCUUACCUAAGGGACAACAUGCUCACUCCUUGCCCGUAAGCCAAGUGAGAUUCUGAAAUUCAUUUUUUGUUUUUUUAAAGA